AUGGCUUUCACCGCUAGCGACAUCUGCAAGAUCAUCGUUGCCAUCAUCCUCCCUCCUCUCGGAGUUUUCUUCGAGCGUGGAUGCGGUGCCGAUCUCUUCAUCAACAUCCUCCUCACCAUCCUGGGUUACAUUCCUGGCAUCGUCCACGCUCUCUACAUCAUUCUCAAGUAUUAG